AUGGGUGUUACGCUGACUACACAGCAGAAAGAGAUUUAUAAACAAGUUCAGGAGCCCCUGCAGAGAGCAGGUGCAAAAAUUUCUAAGAGCCUUGUGAAACAGUUUGUCAGAUGGUUAUCAGUAAGUUUUCUGGAGGUAACAGAGCAAGAUGUGAAAGACAGACAAUUUUGGAAGCGUGUGGGUGCAGUGUUGAGUGAAAGGACAAAGGCAGGAGAUCCCUCAGUGAAAGAAAGUUUUAUUAGAAUCUUUUUGUUGGUUUAUGACAUUGUGAAAGAAAGUGCAGACACUCAGGAUGCUCAAGGAACAGAAAAAGGUCCGAUUGCAUCCCCUGUAACCUCCUGCAUCCCCUGCUUUGAAAAAACUAAUCGUGCAGAUGUAGUUCCAGUUUUUAACCCUUCUCCAUAUCAUGAUUUCGUUCCCACAGCUCAGAAUCCGUGCUUUUCCCCCUUUGCCCCCGCUGUGCAGCCACCACAAGAUGGAGGCGGCCACGCCACAGUCCCUUCUUCAUCCCAGAAUUCCUUGCUCCCCGUGCCAGCCCAAAACACACCCCCAGCCCUCGUAUUCCUCCCUUUGCCCAUCCCCAAUCUCAACCCCUCCUCCCUUGCAGUGGUUCACCCCACAGCUCCUCCCCUCGCAGUUGCACCACCACCCCUUGCCCCUGCCCCGCUCCACACGGCAUUGCUAGCUGCGGCCACUCCCACACAAGGCACCCCUCCUCUUCCUGGGUCCCACAGCAAUGGCAGAGGUGGUGCUGUCAGCUCUGGGAAACAGAAACUGGUCAGAAAUGCCGAUCCCUUGUUCAUGGUUAUUUACAAUGCGAGAGGACAGAACCCUAGGUGGGAGCCCCUUUCUUACGAGAGUAUUAGGGAGCUCUGCAAAGCAAAACAUGAAUUUGGGGAAAGGAGCGAAUUUUUUAAGAGCAUUUUAAAAGCUACUCUAGGUUCCAAAACACUUGUCCCUGCUGAAUUGAGACAUCUUUUUAACUGUUUGCUCUCUCAAUCUGAGUUUAAAAUGUGGGAACGAACUUGGAAAAGGUUGGCAGGAGACCAGCUUCCAGAGAUUUUGCAGAGUCCAACCUAUUCCACAGAUAUAGAAGAUGAAGAGAUCACUUUAGAACAUCUAGUGGGUGAGGGUGAUUGGAGCCAAGCUGAAAAGCAAGCAGCAGGCAUUCCCAGAGCAGUGUUGGACCUGUCCAGGGAUGCCGCAGAACGUGCAUUUUUUAACAUGCCUUCUAAAGAACCUGUUGUUUCUUAUAUUGUUUUGAAGCAGUCUGUUACAGAGCCAUUCAUGGAUUUUGUUGAUCGAGUGAGAGCUUCGGUUGAGAAAAGGGUGCAAAAUCCAGAGAUCCAAGAUCAGCUCACACUAGAAAUUGUCACCACAAAUGCAAAUGAAGCCUGUCAGCGAGUCAUCCUGGCCCUUCCAGCAUCACCUCCACCCACACUCGAUCAGCUUAUUGAGGAAUGCACGAGGAAAGCCACACUAAUGACCGAGGACUUGGUGAUAAAACCAUGGGAAAAGGUGGUUGCAGAAGCAAUGGCAACCCCAAAAACACGAAGGGUUGCAAGGCCUCCUGCACCCAAACGCCGAUGCUAUUUCUGUAACCAAGAGGGACAUCUCAUAGGCCAGUGCCCCCUUCGAGGGACAGUGCCUUCACAAGGGGGGCAAGUGGGAGCAGGGGAAAUCUCCAACCAGCAAAAAAACUGA